AUGGCGCAGGAGGUGUCGGAAUACCUGAGCCAGAACCCGCGGGUGGCUGCCUGGGUGGAGGCGCUGCGCUGCGGCGGCGAGACCGAGAAACACUGGCGCCACCGCCGAGAGUUCCUGCUCCGCAACGCCGGGGACCUGGCUCCCGCCGGCGGCGCUGCCUCCGCUCCUCGGGAGGAGGCCGCAGACGCCGAGAGCGGGACCCGCAAGCGGCAGCUGCAGCAGCUCAUCUCCUUUUCCAUGGCCUGGGCCAACCACGUUUUCCUCGGGUGCCGGUACCCUCCAAAAGUUAUGGAUAAAAUACUUAGUAUGGCUGAAGGCGUCAAAGUGACAGAUGCUCCAAUCCAUACCACAAGAGACGAACUGGUUGCCCAGAAGGGGUAG